ACCACGCAGAGUUGGAUCUGCGCGCGCUGGUGCUUUAUCUCCUCCCCACCUCCCUCACAUCGCUCACACCCUUUUUCAUUGACCGGCAAUUGAUCGAUGAUCGGAUCCACUCUCCCUCCACGCGGACCUCUCUUUUGAUUUUUUUGGGAAACACCGCGCGCUGUCGUUGCUUUCCCACCGGACGCGUGCUGAGAAUAACAACAGCAGCAGCAGCAAUAAUCCUGAACAGACUCACCUGGAGCGUGUGCGCAUGCAAAGUGUAUAUUAAAGCGCGUGUUUCUGGAUCACAUCCGCGCGCACACGGACAAGGCGCAGGGGGGAUUUGGACACCGCGUGUCGCGGACAUGUGGAAGUUUGCGCCGCUUUAGCGCAGCCACAGCCGCUCCACCGCUUUGGCUCCGCUCGCUCUGCGCAAAGGGACCAAACUGAGAAGACCACACUAAAAAAAGCCCUAAAUGUAAAUUCAGGACUUGAAAUAAAACAAAUCAACACGUCUGAAAAGGAAGGACAUCGACAAAGAGGACUGCAUCCAAUUGCGUGCAGACUUUGGUGAGCGCUUUCGGGGGUCUUUAUUUUUUAACACCUAUUUAAACGGGUCCCACGUUGGCCCCCACUUGCCGCAGUGAUGGUGGGAACUCAGAGUCCCAUUGGCCCCUGUCGCUCCUCGGUGUCUGCGCUGUGGCUGCUGGUGCUGGUCGUGAUGUCCAGCGGUUUGGACGCACAGCCGUGUCCGGCGCAGUGUUCGUGCACCGGGACCACAGUGGACUGUCACGGGCAAGGACUGCGCAGCGUGCCCAGGAACAUACCCCGGAACACGGAGAGACUGGAUCUGAACGCAAACAACCUCACUAAAAUCACCAAGGCGGAUUUUGCUGGACUGAGACAACUGCGGGUGCUGCAGCUAAUGGAGAACAAAGUCACCACCAUUGAGCGAGGAGCCUUCCAGGAGCUGAAGGAGCUAGAGAGACUGCGCCUGAAUCGGAAUAAUCUGGCUGUCUUCCCCGAGCUGCUUUUCCUGGGAACGACAAAGCUUUCCAGACUCGAUCUGAGUGAGAACCAGAUUCAGGGGGUUCCAAGGAAAGCUUUCAGGGGAGCCGUGGAGAUCAAGAACCUCCAGUUGGACUACAAUCACAUCAGCUGUAUUGAAGAUGGAGCCUUCAGAGCGCUGCGUGACCUUGAAGUACUCACCCUAAAUAACAACAACAUCAGCCGACUGUCUGUGGCCAGUUUUAACCACAUGCCAAAGCUCAGGACUUUCCGCUUGCACUCCACCAACCUGCAGUGUGACUGCCAUGUGGCCUGGUUAUCAGAAUGGCUGCGUCAGCGCCCCCGUUUGGGCCUUUACACGCAGUGCAUGGCCCCGCCGCACUUGAGGGGGCACAACGUGGCUGAGGUGCAGAAGAAGGAGUUUGUCUGUUCAGGUCACCACUCCUCAUCGUAUUCCUCCUGCAGUGUUCUCCAGUGCCCGGAGUCAUGCACCUGCAGUAACAACAUUGUGGAUUGCAGAGGGAAGGGAAUGACAGAAAUCCCCACCAACCUGCCCGAAACCAUUACAGAGAUACGACUGGAGCAGAACGCCAUCAAGGUGAUUCCAGCUGGAGCCUUUUCUCCCUAUAAGAAGCUCCGCAGGAUAGAUUUGAGCAAUAAUCAGAUAUCCGAGUUGGCCUCGGAUGCCUUCCAAGGUCUACGCUCCCUUAACUCUCUGGUCUUAUAUGGGAACAAGAUCACUGAGAUUUCUAAAGGCCUGUUUGAGGGACUCUUCUCCCUCCAACUCUUGUUACUGAAUGCUAACAAGAUAGCAUGUCUCCGCGUGGAUGCGUUUCAGGACCUCCACAACCUUAAUCUGCUCUCCCUGUAUGACAACAAGCUGCAAACUAUCGGCAAGGGAACAUUCUCAUCGUUAAGAGCCAUACAAACCCUCCACUUAGCCCAAAACCCAUUUAUCUGUGACUGCCAUCUGAAGUGGCUGGCAGACUACCUGCAGGACAAUCCCAUUGAAACCAGUGGCGCUCGCUGCACAAGCCCACGGCGGCUGGCCAACAAACGCAUUGGACAAAUCAAGAGCAAGAAGUUCCGCUGUUCAGGAGUACACCAUGUCGGCUGUACGGAGGAUUACCGCAGUAAGCUGGGAGGGGACUGCUUCGCUGACUUGGCCUGUCCUGAGAAGUGCCGCUGUGAGGGCACCACGGUCGACUGCUCCAACCAGAGACUCACCAAAAUACCAGAUCACAUUCCCCAGUACACCGCCGAACUACGUCUGAACAACAAUGAAUUCACCGUGCUUGAAGCCACGGGGCUCUUCAAAAAGUUGCCUCAGCUAAGGAAGAUUAACCUGAGUAAUAAUCGCAUAACUGACAUAGAAGAGGGAACGUUUGAAGGCGCGUCAGGGGUCAAUGAGCUGAUUCUGACCUCCAACAGACUGGAGAACAUACACCACCGCAUGCUGAAGGGCCUCAGUGGCCUCCGCACACUCAUGCUGAGGAGUAAUCACAUCAGCUGUGUGAGCAACAGCAGCUUCGUGGGUCUGAGCUCGGUGCGCCUCUUGUCGCUGUACGACAACCAGAUCACAUCCAUGAACCCUGGAGCCUUUGACACGCUGCACUCCCUGUCAACACUGAACCUUCUGGCCAACCCCUUUAACUGUAACUGCCACCUGGCUUGGCUUGGUGACUGGUUGAGAAGGAAACGCAUUGUCACAGGUAACCCUCGCUGCCAGAGUCCUUACUUCCUAAAGGAGAUUCCUAUCCAGGAUGUGGCUGUCCAGGAUUUCGCCUGUGAAGAUGGAAAUGAUGAGAACAGUUGUUCUCCAGCGCUGAGGUGUCCAGCAGAGUGUUCAUGUCUAGACACAGUAGUACGCUGCAGCAACAAGGGUCUGAGCACGCUGCCUAAGGGCCUGCCCAAAGAGACCACCGAACUGUAUCUGGAUGGAAACCACUUCACUCAGGUUCCAGUUGAACUCGCCAACUACAAACACUUAACACUGAUUGAUUUGAGUAACAACCAGAUCAGCACGUUGUCCAACCACAGCCUCAGUAACAUGUCCGAGCUGCUUACCCUAAUCCUGAGCUACAAUCACCUACGCUGCAUACCAGUGAGAGCGUUCGAUGGACUGAAAUCUCUGCGUCUGCUGUCUCUCCAUGGUAACGAUAUAUCCUUGAUACCAGAAGGAGCCUUCAAAGACUUAUCGUCUCUGUCCCACCUGGCACUGGGUGCCAACCCACUGUACUGUGACUGCCACAUGCAAUGGCUGUCAGACUGGGUGAAGAGUGGCUACAAAGAGCCUGGAAUCGCCCGCUGUGCUGGACCCGGUGAGAUGACCGACAAACUGCUGCUCACCACACCGUCCAAGAAGUUCACAUGCACAGGUCCAGUGGAUGUGAGCAUCCAGGCUAAAUGUGAGCCCUGCCUGUCCAACCCUUGCAAGAACGAUGGGACCUGCUCCAAUGACCCUGUGCACUACUACCGCUGCACCUGCCCAUAUGGAUUUAAGGGCCAAAACUGCGAGGAGCCAAUCCAUGCCUGCAUCAGUAACCCCUGUCAGAACGCUGGCACCUGCCACCUAAAGGAAGGAGAGGGGAGCAACUUUUGGUGUGUGUGCACGGAGGGCUUUGAGGGCGACACGUGCGAGAUCAACAUCGAUGACUGUGAAGAUAAUGACUGUGAGAACAACUCCACCUGCGUUGACGGAAUCAACAACUACACAUGCAUAUGCUCACCGGAAUACACAGCUGCUACCAAUGAGGUGGAGAGAGGUGAGCUGUGCGAAGAGAAACUGGAUUUCUGUGCACCGGAGCUGAACCCGUGUCAGCACAACUCAAAGUGCAUUCUCACUCCGCAAGGAUACAACUGUGAGUGCACUCCAGGCUACGUCGGUGAGCACUGUGAGCUGGACUACAACGACUGCGAAGACAACAAAUGUCUAAAUGGUGGCCAGUGUAUCGAUGCCAUCAACGGUUACACCUGCGUCUGUCGUGAGGGAUACAGGGGGUUAUUCUGCGAGUUCUCUCCGCCAAUGGUACUUCCACGCACCAGCCCAUGCGACAACCACGACUGCCUCAAUGGAGCACAGUGUGUCGUCAUGGGAACGGACCCCCGUUGCCAGUGUCUGCACGGGUACGAGGGUGAGCGCUGCGAGACAUUAGUUAGCGUCAACUUUGUCGACCGGGAGUCGUAUCUGCAGCUUCCCUCUAGUCUGGUCUCACCUCAGACGAACAUCAGCCUGCAGAUUGCUACCGAUGAGGACAGUGGAGUGUUGUUGUAUAAAGGUGACAAUGAUCACAUUGCCAUGGAGCUGUACAGGGGCCGCCUCCGGGUCAGCUAUGACACCGGUUCCUACCCUCCAUCUGCUAUAUAUAGUGUGGAGACAGUGAAUGAUGGUAGCUUUCACGCUGUGGAGUUGUUAGCAACAGACCAGACUCUGUCUUUGUCCAUCGACGGCGGCCCACCCAAAUCCAUCAAUUCCAUCAACAAACAGUCCACACUCAACAUAGAUUCCCCACUUUACCUGGGAGGUAUGCCACAACAAGCAUCUCUGGGGGGUCUGUCAGCUCUGCAGCAGAGCUCUGGGGGACGCAAUGGCACCAGCUUCCACGGCUGCCUCCGUAAUUUGUACAUCAAUGGGAAGCUCCAGGAUCUAGGGGCAGGGCUGGGACCAGGAACUGGGACAAUGACAUCUGGGGCUCCACAUGGUACUGCUGGGAGGUGGCUGGGACAUGGGGUCGAGCCAGGCUGUCAGCCCUGCCAGAGAGGUGCCUGCGUCCAAGGUGACUGCCACCCAACAGGGCACCGUGGCUUCAGUUGCACGUGCCACCCUGGUUGGACGGGAGCACUGUGUGACCAGCAGGUCAAUAACCCCUGCGAAGGCAACAAAUGUAUCCACGGUACAUGCCUUCCCAUCAACUCCUACUCUUACUCCUGUCGCUGCCAGCCGGGUUUCACUGGUGUCCUUUGUGAUGAGCAGGACCAGGGAGUAGCCAACCCCUGCACUAUGGCCCUCUGCAAACAUGGCAGAUGUAGAGUAUCGGGUUUGGGACAAGCGUACUGCGAGUGUAACAGUGGAUACACGGGAGAGACGUGUGACAGAGAGGUGGCCUGCCGCGGGGAACGGGUCAGAGAUGUCUACCAGAGACAGCAAGGCUACGCGGCGUGCCAAACCCAGGAGAAGGUCUCCCGUCUAGAAUGUCGGGGCAGCUGCCCAGGGGGAACAGAAGGACAGGACACCUGCUGCACCCCCCUCCGCAGCAAACGGAGGAAAUACACUUUCCAGUGCACUGAUGGCUCCUCCUUCGUCCAGGAAGUGGAAAAGGUGGUGAAAUGUGGCUGUACAAAGUGUUCCUCAUAAAAAAUAUUAAAAGGAAAACAAAAAAAGAGACAGCACCCUCAGCAGAUUUCCUCUUCGCCAGAUUGGUUUUGUGUUCCUGCCCACCUUAUUCCAUCCCUGACCCCUGUCCGAGGUCUAGUUCCGUCUUGAAAAUACUCUGCUACCAACCCUGAAACCAUCCGAAAACAAACUAAAAAAAAAAAACAAAAAAAAGUUUCUUUUCUUGUCAGUGCUGGACUGAUGAUUGAUGCUUCCUCGGUGGGGAUGUUGAAUUGUAUUGUAAAGUACAAAAACAGACUUAUUUUUUAUUAUUAAGUGGAGAAAAAGACAAAAAAAAAAAUAACAGUUGGACUUUUCCCCCCUUACACCCAUUUCUUUUUUGUUGGUAACGAUGACUUCAACAGUUUGCCACUGCCUCUUUCCUCGAGGACUUCCUGCUUCCUGACCCAAGUUGUGUGUUUUAGGAGUAACCUGAUCUGGUAGUACCACAGACUCACCACUGGGAGGAGCUGAAUUCAGACACGGGAGAGGGUGGGCAGUGAUAACCCCCUGUACAACACAUGAACGCAUCACUGUAGUCUGCAGUCUCCCUUUCCGGACCUCCUGAACCCUCUGAGACUGUGUGCACACAAACCGACAAACAUCUUUGCGCAAACAUUCACAACCUGUGACAUUCUCAACAGCUACUGAAAGACACGUACAAAUGCUCUCACCUGUGUAAAGAGUUAUACAUUACAUUAUUACCCUGCCAGGUUAAAUACAUUACUCUGUUAUCUACCCCAUUCAUGAAUGAAGUAUUUAUUGUAUCAUACACACCUAUACUUAUUCAGUAGAUCCCCACGUAUCAAUCUGAUUCUUUUAAUAUAUAUUAAUUUAUAUUUGUCCUUAUUUUUGUAUUAAAAAAGACAUAAUCAAGAUAGUUGAACUAACAAAAUGGUGUCAUUUAUUUUGAAGAGAAGUUGUUUUUGGAUCACUGAAACUAUUGUGCUUGCCAGAGACCUUAGUUACAUUUUAAUCUGCAAAUGUGACGUGAAGACAUUGUAUAUUUUUGUCUCGUUUCCUGGGAGUUUGUACUGUGCCAUUACCAGAAAGUCUUUAUAUUAGAGUAUAAAUGUAUAGAUAAUUUCCCUGCCUAUGUAUUUCACACAGAAAUCUUGUGAGUAGCUUUGACCCUAGAGGAUGCUUAGAACUGUUUUUACAUUUUUAACAAACUUAUGCUUAAAGAAUACUGUGACUUUUUUCUAAAUGAAACUACUUCGUUCACCCCUUGGUCUCCUGAUGUUAACAUGUUGCUGCUAAGUUUUUGUACCGUAGACUUGGAUCAUGAUCCGUAUGUUUUAUUGAGCUUCCUGCUCCUACUGUACAGGGGCACCUUGUGUAAGAGAUAAAUAUGCCCCCCCCCCCCCCAAAAAAAGAACCACGUGCAUUGUGCUUUCUAUUACCCUCCAAUCCCCAGACUAAUGUCAGUUCCCUGACUGAUGUUUGUUAAUUAAACACAAUAUUUACCUCA